AUGUUUCGACUGCUGUAUCUCCCCGGUCUCGUAACAAUCCUCUCGGUGUCUCAGAGAACCCCAGAAGUGAAGAUCACCAUGUUGGGAGCAUUCAGUAUCUUUGCGCUGUCUACUUUGCUCUCCUUGCCGCCCUACAGCUGGAGAAUGGCGGCGAUGGCAGAUAGUCUCUCGGUGACUCCUGAAUAUGAAGUUGAAGGGCCAACUAAUUUUCUCACUCCUUCUUUAGUCACUUUAGAUUCGGCAUUGGAAGGUCUCGAUUCAGGUGGAACACCGGGUUUCUCCGGGCAGUACGCAGAUCUGUUGGACCGCAUUUGUCCAGCCGAUAGUCCUGCCCUUGACUUGCCGCAGCAGCCGACUCGGGAGCAAAACAUUGGGGAACUGGAGUUAAUGUUGAGUGACAAUGAUCUCGGAGAAGCUACGAACAAGCUCUGGCUAGCAUUCUACGGACACGAGGUGCCUAAAGCUGCUUCCAGCGUUGAAGAAUUGUCUGCGCAAUUUCUAGAACUUGUUGGGCAAGUACGGGUAGCCUUCCAAGAUGUCCACCACCACAUGGUGAAACAAGAAGGGCACCCAGAGUUUCAUAAUUCGCAGCUUCCGCGUUCCAUAGUGCCCAUUGUCGGUGCUCGCAAUCCUUUGAUGCUUGGUCUGUUCUGGAACUUACUGAUUGCUUACACCGGCUUCGACUCCUACUUCGGAGAAGAUAGUAUAACCCUUCCAUUCUUUUCUUGGCCUUCUUUGCUUGCAUCCCUUGGGGGGCAGAGCAGUUCCCACAUCGAUGCGAUGUGCUCCGUGCAAAGGAGCAGGUCUCUCACUGAAAAAUUUUUUAAGUGGCGGAGCCCACGGGGAAUUCAACAAAACAGGAGGCACAAGCGCGUUUCAUCUCUGAGGGAAUCAAGUCACCGCACGUUUUGCGAGCUGAUAGACCGCCUCAUCUCUUCUCUUGGCGAGUUCGUCGCAGGUCAUGUGACUACGUUGGCAGCCGCUGGAGUGCCUGUUGAACUUGGAAUUUCGCCUCUACAAAACAUGAAACGUUUGCAUGCUGAAACAUGCUUGCCUGGGGAAGACGGCCACAUUCUCGCACCCUGCAUUUUUGAAGAAUCUCGACUUGCACUAGAUAGCCAGCAGUUGGUGAAAAUGGAAGAUGAUACAGAUCAGCAGAUUCGACAUAGCGCCCAGGCAGAAUUGUUAAAACAAGCUCACACGACAAUCUCGGGAUUAGGAGCGUUGGACUGCAAGCUCAGCUCGCGUAAGUGGAGAGCGCUUCCGUAUACCCCCAUGCCGAGGCUGUUCAAGCUCCCAGAACUGGCCCAACUACGCAAGGACUGGAUCUUAGAGAGGCUUAACUUGGCAGUAGCGACAAUGUUAACAACUUCAUCCCUAGACAAUGCAUCAAACUACUGGCUUGCCUUUGACAGGCGCAAUUUCAAGCGCGCUGCACAGGAUUUUAAGAAGCAUACUAUAGAUGUUCUACGAUCCGUGGGAAUGGAGGCUAUCGGUAGGAGACUGCUGCAGAGCUCUGGAAGUGAAAUUUCAGACGAUGAAGUGCAAGCAGCUGCCAGCCGCCUGAAGGACCUUCGGGCAGUUUCUGAUGGAAUGCGAGUGGCCCUAGCCCUCUAUGCGAUCCUUAAUGCUGGGAGACACGCGCAGUCCGCUCAUGUUGGCAGUCAGGGACACGCCAUUCACGCCCAGUGCUACGGAACUUGCUGCUCCACUGCCGAGCCCUACGCAUAUGUGGGUGUUCGCGUUCCUGAGCUCUCGGGAAGGGAUGCUCAAGAGCACGAGAGAAAUCAGGAUCCAGAAAGCCAGAAAGGAGCAUGGAGCAAAAUCGAUCUGAACGGCCUCCCGUUGCCUGACCUUACAGACUGGUGGUCGCGUCUCAAUUAUAUCGUGGUGCAGGCACUAGAAUCUUAUUUGGUCUUGGAAAAGCACCUAGAGUUUCUUGAAGACACCGUAUUUACAUUGGUCAGUGACUCUCUUCGCAAGUUAAAGGCAGAUGCCGGCCAAACACUGUUCUUCACAAGAAUUGCCCAUCAGAAGCGUCAGGGUCCUCUACAGCGCCUUUGGGAAGGUGCGAAAAAGUCGCUCAUGGGUUUUCUGUACCGUUCACCCGGAAGACAACAUGGUAUCUGGUUCGGCGUUACGGUUGACUUCGAGCAAUUGCACGACCUGCUUGGCCAGCUGAAACUCGUCAUAGAAGCUGAGCCAAGACUAACCAUCAAAAUAAACAUGCAGGAAGCUCUUCUGCGCGAGAUGGAGACUCGAAUUCGCGUAGAAGGUUCAGAUAUUUCACGAGUUCCUCCACUUGUAGAAAGAAAUAUGGGCAUGUUGGGUGUACGUCGGGCCUACGGCACUUUGUCGGAAGGAUUGCGUGACACAGAGUUUCAAAGGUCUAUGUGCAUUGACCAUUGUAGAGGUUUGUGGCAAAUGGCUCUUAGUACCAUGCUGCCUUCUAUGUUGAGCCCCGAUAUAUUUCGCAAGUACGAAAAGGCAUUCGGUACACCGUGGGCACUAGAGCACCUUUCAGACCCAGCUCUUGUCAAUUCACGGCGCAUGGUCUUGAAGAGCGACGCUGCUCUCAACUUUUUUGAUCAUUCUACUCCGAAGGAAGUUAGGGAAGAGCUUAAGGGCCUGGAAAGUGGCCAAGCGUCUAUGUUUGCCUACUAUAUGCUGUUCUCGUCUCGCGCCCACCAAGUUCUCGGGAACCACUACCUGGGACUUUAUCUACGUCAGCAGGCCCCCUUUAUGGGUAACAUGGUGGUGGAUUGGAUUUCCACUAGAAGAAAGCACGCAGUGGCUGCGAUCGUCUCUUCAUUCGUUCUUACAUUUAUGGGCAUAUAUGCGGUCAUGAGUUUUGUUGACAUUUUGCAAAACCUAAUUGUCUCAGGAGCUCCUCCGCCUUUCGACUGCCUGUGGAAUCCGGUCUUUGGAGAAAUGGCCUGCAGCCCUGUUCCUGGAGGGGCUUCGCUCGGUACAGCGUGGGCAACAGCGAUUGAACAGGUGUUUCUUAUUGGGCUGUUUUCUGGUACGGCUGGAGGAUUUUCCCUCUUCCUAACGAUUAACUCCGCGAUCGCCGUCGUCGUCAACCAGUCAAAGACACUGAUGCGUCUUCAGAUGUGCUUGGGUUCAGCCAUCUCCAGACUUCUGCGUAGAGGAAAGAGAUCCUUUUCACGAAUCCGUGAGUACUUCAUUAAGCGAAGCUCUGUGAAGCGUGUUAUGCUCCAGCGGGCAGUUGCAGGAAUGAAGGCUGGCUCAAGCACAGCAACAAUGAGCAACUCAGAAACCCUAGAAGCUGCGGAUCAACUCCUUGAUAGACUCACUCGUACAGGCCGGGCUAAUCCUCUAAAAGCUUCCGGAGGAAAACCCGCAUUCAAGUGA